CGCAUCGUGAAGGUUGCUCUCCAGCGUCAGAACAGCAUCCGGUUAGCACAAGCAUAGUUAGCUGUUUGUGUUCAGGUCUGUGCUGCUGCAAAUUAGCAAGACAACAAGACCAUAAAAAGAAAUCACCCCUGCGAACCGACAGCGGAUGAAAAGGCUUCUGUGGGUUUCCUAAUCUGGAGGUCAGAUUUCAUCUUGGACAGUAAAGCUACUACUACUGGGAGUCCUGUGACCAAGAAAAUAAUGUGCUGCAGUUGAAGAUGGGAGGUAGCGGCUCCAAAUCCAAGGGAUAUUGGCCUUUUUCUGGCUCAGGUAGUGGUGAAGAUUCAACCAAAGAUGGAAAUGAGCAGUCAUUGGCAAGACUUCGAAGUUUCCAGAAUGCAACACCUUUUGUGUUUACUAGACGAAGCUCUUUGUAUUUUGAUGAGGACGGAGACUUGGCCCAUGAGUUCUAUGAAGAGACAAUUGUGACAAAAAAUGGGCGUAAAAAAGCCAAGCUGAAGAGGAUUCAGAAAAACCUAAUACCUCAGGGAAUUAUAAAGCUGGACCACCCUUGCAUCCAUGUAGAUUUUCCGGUUGUCCUCUGUGAAGUUUGAUGAUGCCUGUGGAGCAUUCUCAGACGAGCCACUGUGUCAACUCCGUCCUGCGGUUUCCCCUAGAGCUGGAAACCUGAACCCUCCUACAAAACACCAUGAUCUCUUGAUAUAUAUGAUGCCCUUAUGUGGACAGGCUGAUACUUUGUGUGUUGGGCCUCUGCAUGUGAUCUGUUUUUGGCUUGUGUGCAGUUAAACACAGAAUAGGUCACUAAUGGGAAUUGAUGAUCUGCUGAAAGAUAGCAAUGACGAGAAGGACAUAAAAAGUUUCCAGGUCAGCAAUACCGAGUCAGUUUACAGUUCACAGGUGUGUGUGUGUCUGUGUGUGUGUGUGUGUGUGUGUAUAUGAGCAGGAGGUGCAGUGCGGCAGAGUCCUAGCCGUAUUGUAGCAGACUUUUUCUGGUUUGAUUCAUUGAACUCGACGAGUUCAAGGACAAUGUAAGAAGUUCCUCUGUGUGUAACUGUGGGAAGUAGAACUGUACUAGUCUUGAUUCGUAAAUUUUGGCCUCAAGGGGAAUUUCAAGUCAUGCUGAACGCUGAAUCGAAACUGAUGAUCGUUUUUUCUUUCAGUUUUUAGUGGUUUAAUAUCAGUGGCUGAGCUUCGUCACAGAUAAGGAGUACAUCCAGAGAAUUUAGAGCAAGAGCGCUAAAACACACAUUUUAUUUGUACAAUACCACCAUGGCUUGCUUUAAUAUGCAUGAAACUGGAUCUGUUUAUCAGUAACGACACUUAGAGAGUUGACAAUCAGUGGCCAACAAGAUCUGAAGUGGGUUAAUGUGAUACUGUAAUGUGCGGUAGGCUGGUUGGAGUUGUCUUGGUGUGACCACACCUCAGAGCCGCACAUCUACAGAGCAGCAGUGAGUCCAAAAGGAGAUCCUGUUGUUUCCUUUGAUGCUUUAGCAUAUUAUGUUUCAAUUUUAAUUUAUUACAACUGUUAAAAUUGCAUUGUUUUUUUUUUUUGUUUUUUUUUAAUUACAACUUGAAAUGCUGAACUGUG